CUUAUGUCUAGACGUACAUCAGCAGUGUGGACGACUUCUUAUAUGUACAUGCUUCACUCGGGCCUUCUUUGGAGAGCUGUUUAAUAUGUUAUCCUCCUCAUACAGCCUCACAGAAAUUCAACGUCGAAUCGAUGAAGUUCAGCGCUUUCUGUCUAUAACUCUGAGCAUCGCCAAUGCUCACACGGUGGAGUUUUACACCCAGGACGUGUGGAACCGCUUCAUGGCCGUGCUACCUGAGGAGGUCCUGUCAACACUCGGCCCGGCUAGUGACCAGCAGAGGGAGCCAGGACACAAAGCAAAAGAGCAAUCGAGGACCACAUUCGGGUUUUGCAAUGAUACAAACCGGCUGGUUGAUGUCUGUGAACUGUUGCAGGCGGCCAAAGCCCACUCUCUCCCUGGCCUUGGAGUCUGCAUGAGCAGGGAUGAGCUACUGCAGGCCCUCAGAGAGAACAGGUCAAAGUCUGGAGCUCCACCUGCAGAGAUAGGUGCUGAGCUGGAGACAGAUGAGUUUAUGAACUCUAAGAAAUCUCAUGAGGUCCAGUCCAUGUCUGAGGUGGUGGCCUGUCUGGCCCAGCGCUGUGGAGUCAAACAGGUGAUAGAUGUAGGCUCGGGGAAGGGCUACCUGAGCUCCUUCCUGUCUCUGCAGUACGGCCUCCGGGUCUAUGGCAUCGACUCCUCCAGCACCAACACCCACGGAGCCCACGAGAGGAACAGGAAGCUAAAGAAGUUCUCCAGGGUGUACCAGAAACGCAACAAGGCAGUUAGGGGACAGGGAGAGGCCGCCACACUUUCACCUCAGGUGGAGUUAGUAGAAAUAAAGCCUGGAACGGAUGGAGACAAUGAUGUUUUACAUGGCGAUGGAGCAGGAAUUGUGUCACAGGAGGAGGAGAAGGUGUUAAUCGGCUCAUCAGAUGUCAACCCUGCAGCGGAAAGGCAUUCAGAGCCCAACCCCGAAACAGACGAGCUCUUCCUCAGCGCCCUGUCACUGGAUGUGCUACAGCCUACAUCCCCCAGAGUUCCCCCGAGACAACUCAGCGCUGAGGAGAGGAAGAGGAGGAAGACGGAGAACCUGGAGAGGAAAGCACAGGACAGAGCCGCCAGCGCCAGCGUCAUGUUUUCACCCCUCACUUCUUACGUCACUGCGGAAACAGAGCUCCGAGAGCUCAUCAACGAGCUGGAGGAUGCGGUCAUGGUCGGCUUGCACACGUGUGGCGACUUGGCUCCCAGCACCCUGAGGAUGUUUGUGGCUAAGCCGGAGCUGGCCUCAGUCUGCAGCGUGGGCUGCUGCUAUCACCUGCUGUCUGAGGAGUUUGACCCUGCAGGACAGGAGUGUUUGCCAGGUGUGUGUGGGUUCCCUCUGAGUCAGUACCUUCGCGACCGGUCCUGGUUCUGCGGCAGAAAUGCCAGGAUGUCGGCGUGUUUGGCACUUGAGAGAGUUUCACUCGGCCAAGGGAUUCAGAUGGAGUCUCUGUUUUACCGAGCGGUGCUUCAUGUUAUUCUGAGGGAUCACUACAGCUCCUUUAAAAGCGAAAAGCGAGUUGGGAAUGUCUACUCCAAGGCUAAAUCAUUUGUGGACUACGUUCGCCGAGCUCUAAGCAGACUGGAACUGGAUGAAACAAAGCUUUCUGACAGUGACAUCCAGGAUUACAACGACACAUACACGCCACGAAGGGGCGAGAUGCAUGCCUUUAACAUGUUGAAGGUGACCCUGGCUCCCUGUAUUGAAGGUCUGAUUCUCCUUGAUCGCCUCUGCUACCUGAAAGAACAGGAGGAUUUAUCAUUCUCUGCACUGGUGCAACUCUUUGAUCCCCUGCUGUCACCGAGAUGUUACGCUAUCAUCGGACUGAAGAGCUAUGGAGACAGAAUUUCAUGUUGAUGAACUUAUACAUAUGCACACGAUUAUAAUACGCUGCUUGAGAGGUCAUGAUUAUACGCGAUUAUAUCAGCAAUCACACUUGAGUGAUUGUAAAUGUAUGUGUUCUCUCGUGCUUGUUUUGAUUACAUGUAUGAUUAAAUCUAAGUUUUGUGAUUUAUUUA